AUGAAUAUGUUGAAAGCAGAAGACGACACGUGUGACGUGAAAGCCUACUCCCAUCUGAGUGAAUCAACGUGGGAGGUAGUUGGCCGCAUUAGUUUGCUCAUGGACGAACCCGCCAUCAGUGGUAUGUUAGAGUCUCUAAGCAGUGACCAGAAACAUGCUUCUAUCAAAAAGUUCCUACAAGGGGAACUUUCCGUCGAACGACAAAAGAUAGCCUUGCUACAGCAGCAAGGCUCUCAUCAGUCGAUGGGCGGGCCGACGCAUAUUCUUCGACUGGAAUCAUUGAAGAUCGAUAUCUCAAGGUACAAGGGAACCGAUGAAGAUUCCCUUUUGAGAUGGUUCGUCGAGUUAGACGAUGCCACCAGGGCCCUUCACAUCGAAGGUGACGAUAUGCAAGUCACCGUCGCCCUGUCAAAUUUGACGGGACGGGCAAAGACUUGGGCCUUAGGGCUCAAGCUUCACGACCAAAUUGUGUUUGAGUCGUUGGAGAUCUUGAAGUCUCGGCUUAAAGAGAAGUUUGAGCCGCCGAAAGCUGAGUUCAGAGCACGCUCUGCAAUCUUGAGGCUAAAGCAAGGUAAGCGUGAUGUGCACGCUUACGCACAACACCUGCGCUGCCUUGCGAGUAGCGUUACGGAGAACCCUGCUGAUGAGCACACGCUCAUCAACUUGUUCAUAUAA